AUGUUUUCUAAAAAAAGUCAAGAGAGGAAUGAUGCUGCCAUAUCUGCUUCUGAAUUAGCUAGUCUGUCUACAUCAGCUGUAUCAUCCAAUUCAUCAAAAGUUUUGUUAACAAAUUCGGAACAAGACCCAAUCUAUGGAGGUUCAUCAACACAAAUAUCGAAUUCUGAAUCACGACCUUCAAAAACAGUAAUUAUUUUAACAUUAACUUCAUCCAUAUCUGGAUUUAUGUUCGGUUAUGAUACAGGUUAUAUUUCAUCAGCUUUGGUUCAAAUAGGUACAGAUUUAUCAAAUAAAAUUUUAACAAAUGGAGAAAAAGAAUUUAUUACAUCUGCUACUUCUUUGGGAGCAUUAAUUGGAGCCGUAGUAGGGGGAAUAUCAGUAAAUAUAUUAGGUAGGAAAAAAGUCUUAUUAGGUUCAAAUGUAAUUUUUGUUGUUGGAACAAUUAUUCAAUUAGUUGCUAAAACUGUUUGGACAAUGAUUGUUGGGAGAUUCAUCUUAGGUUGGGGAGUUGGUAUUGCAUCAUUGAUAGCACCACUUAUGUUAUCUGAAUUGGCUCCUUCUAAAUAUCGUGGUAGAUUGAUUGUUACUAAUGUUAUGUUCAUCACAGGUGGUCAAUUAAUUGCUUAUUUAAUCAAUUGGGGUUUAACAAGAGUAGCUCAUGGUUGGAGAGUUUCAGUAGGAUUAUGUAUGGUUCCUCCUGUAUUUCAAUUUAUUUUAUUUUGCUUUUUACCAGAUACUCCAAGAUAUUAUGUAAUGAAUGGAGAAAUAGAAAAAGCUAAACUGGUUAUUAGGAAAAUGUAUAAUCAUCCAUCAGAUGCUUUUGUAGAUGCUACUAUAGAUGAAAUGAUUAUUUCAAAUUCAACAGUUCCUGGUCAUAAUCCAUUACAAAAAGCUUGGGAAUCAAUAAAAAUUAUUCAUACAACACCUGGUAAUUUCAGAGCAUUAAUUUUAGCUUGUGGUUUACAAGGAAUUCAACAAUUUACUGGGUUCAAUUCUUUGAUGUAUUUUAGUGCUACUAUCUUUGAAACUAUUGGAUUCCAUAAUCCUACUGCUGUGUCAAUUAUCAUUUCUGCUACAAAUUUUGUUUUUACUGCAAUUGCACUUUGUAUAAUUGAUCAUGUUGGAAGAAGAAAGAUUUUAUUAGUUGGUAUACCAUGUAUGUGUGGAUCAUUAGUAGUUUGUGCUAUAGCUUUUCAUUUCCUAGAUGUGAAUUUCGCAACUGGAAUUGAAAUAGCGACUAGAGGUAUUAAUGGUUGGGGAAUUGUUGUCAUUAUUGGUAUGAUAUUAUAUGUUGCUUCAUAUGCUAUUGGUAUUGGUAACUCUGCUUGGGUCGGUGUUGAAUUAUUUUCAGAUGUCAAUGUUCGUUCCAUUGGAGCUAUGUAUGCAGCUGCUACAAAUUGGGCUGGUUCAUUAGUGAUUGCAUCUACUUUCUUAACAAUGUUAGAAAAAAUAACACCAACUGGUACAUUUUCAUUUUUUGCAGGUCUUUGUUUGAUAUCAUUCUUUUUUGUUUACUUUUUACUUCCUGAUGCUGCUGGAUUAGAGUUAGAAGAAACUACUAAUUUCUUAGCUAAUGGGUUUAAUGUUAAACAAUCGAUUGCCUUAUCCAAACAAAGAAAGAGAGUUUCUAAGUUUGCAAAAACAAACCCUGCAUAA